AUGGCCUCGAUGCCUUUCAACGUCACCGAGGCCGCUGAGGCCGCCCAGCCCGACAUGGGUGGCGCCCAGUUCGCGUCACAUACCUGGAUGGAACCAAUUAUUGUCGUCAGUAUCAUGACUGCUUCACUUUACUUUAAUCGGAGACACAACUUUCGCAUAUUUCAAUCCCGGAGGGGCCGCUCCCCGACUCGCUCUCUGCUCCCCCACAACAAUUCCCAGGGCUCAUCUCCCGAUGGCUUCACCGAUUCCGACUCCCUCACCUCCGACUCGGAUGUCUUCCCGUCAUCCAAACAUCCGCCCAAGAAGCGAAACUGCUGCGGCGCCAUCGUCCGGACCCCCAAUUCGUCCAGAUUCGCCAACAACUGGCAUUCCCGAGUCUUGGCCAAGUUUCCCUUCUUGAUCGAAAUGUUCUAUUGGAUACUCAAUCUGCUAUUCUACAGCCUGACCAAGGCCCUCGCUCAAGUCCUGUUCGCCGCUGACGAGGGUCUAUGGCAGCUGGCCCAAGAUCAUGGCAUCCUGGUCCUCGACAUCGAGCAUAAGUCGUGGUUGCGCUUCCUGUUCCCUAUCAGAGAGAAUGACUUCCAGGCUUGGUUCUUGAACGGUCAUUUGACCGCCAUCACAUUUUUAAACCGCAUUUACUCGCUGGUUCAUAUUCCUGGUACUGUCGCCUUUCUUUCGUGGUACUACUAUGCUGCGCCUACACACUCAGCUUUCGCCGCCGUCCGCCGGACGAUGACGCUGGGUAACUUUGCCGCUUUCACAAUAUUCACCUUCUUCCCUUGCAUGCCGCCCCGUCUCUUACCCAAGGAAUUCGGCUUCCACGACACAGUGCGUCAAGCAAACGCCGAGUCUGUAUGGGUCGGCGGCAACUACGUCAACCAAUUGGCCGCCAUGCCUUCUUUGCAUUUUACCUACGCGUUCUGUGUCGGCAGUACAUUCCUCUACCAUUCUGGCGUCUUCCGUCGCGCCCAGCGGAGCGAGCCACGCAAGCCAUUUUACGCCCAGAUCUUGUUUCUUGUUGCAGGCAUCUGCUAUCCUUUGUUGGUCUUGACGGUUAUUGUGGCCACAGCGAAUCAUUAUUGGUUAGAUGCCGCGGUUGCCAUGUGUACGACUACCUUGAGCUUCUGUUGCAAUAGAAUUUGGAUGUUUUUGUUGCCGGCCGAGGAUAUACUUUGCUGGGUGUUGCGAGUGGAUAAACCAACACCUACGACAGGGGAUAGAUUGAAGAGGAGGGGUAACGAGUAUCAGGCUGUUAAAAAUGAGGACGAACCCUAA